AUGGAAAGUAACCCAGGCACGAAUCUAGGAGAAAUUAUGGCUGUAUCAGAAGCAGAAGGUAAAAGCAUACCAUUAUUAACAACUCUCUCCCUUGCAAUAAAGGUCCUUCCUUAUUUUGGAUAUGCCGAUCAAUGCAAAACUCUAAUGACACAGCUCAGGUCGGAGUCCAGACAGCUCUGGCUUUCUAAUGAAGACCAGUGGCUCAAGCCUUUCACUAAUGACAAGGAGGAAGAAGUAUUCCAUAUGAAGAAGAGGAUUUUACUGAUCAAGAAUUUUAAAGGCCCUUCAAGUUCUGGUGAUAAAGCUAUUUCUUAUUAUUCACAAAUCAUGAAUCUGGCACAUUCAGGGGCUUAUAAGCUAUAUUCUUUUAACUUUUGGUUUGAUGAUGAGGAUCUCCUAGGUAUUGAAACUAUUGCAGAUUUCUGACAAAAAGUGGAUUUAGAUUUGUUAAAAGUUAAAAAGAUAAAUGUUUUUGUUUGCAUAAACACAAUUCCUGAGUUUGAAUGGCUUUUAACAAUUUCUAGAGCUCUUAAGAUCGAAGUGAGAGAGUAUAAAGUUGAUAAAGCAACUUAUUAUAAAUUUAAGUACCCACCUUUUUGAGUUUCGGAAACACGUUGAGUUGAUAGUACUAAAAACCUUUAUGUUUGCUCAUACGAUUGGGAAUCCCCAAAUAAUCAAAGUGAACAAGAUUUGAUUGGAAAAUUACAAAAUGGUUUCAUUGAUCUUCCUGAACUUGUAGAGUGAUUCAGGAAAUUAUUCGAGAUUACGACCAUGGAAACUUUUUUAAAAGAAAUUAAAAACUCUUCCAUUAAUAUACGACCGUCUCAUGAGAAUAUUGUGAGAGAUAAGGAUUGUAUUCCCCAGCUCUCAGAAAUAUUAGAUAAUCACACAACUAUUGAAGAUUGUCAGAGAGGUUUUGUUCCAACUUUCUGGCUUUACUGUAAAAGGUUAUUUAAAGAUCAGAGUGAGACCAUGCAGCCCAACGAUCUUGAUUUAAUUCCAACUUUAUCAAAUGUGCUAAACAAUAAAGGAUUCCCAAUCCAAUUAGUUUUCCUUAAAACAAUUAACAGAAAGACCAUGAAGUCUUUGAUAGAAGGAGACAAAUGCUUGAUUGGCUACAGCAACUGGACUAUGGAAAUGACCGAUUUCAUGUUAGAAGCCAUGGACGACUGUACGAUUGACAAUAAUUGUAUUGUAUUCGGAUCAAAUAAUAACAAUUUUAAAGCAAAUGUCUACGAAAAAGCGAGUUUUAAUAACCUCGAGGAGCACAAAUCCUCAUCCGAAGACAUAAAGAUCUAUAUCCCUACAGACGAAAUCAAAUCUCUCGGCUGAGAUUUUGGAUCCCUAAGAAAAAUACUCUCUGUAGGUUCAAUUCAGAAACUGUCAGAAUUAAAAAUAAAGAUUUCUCCUAUUGAUCUCAGUAAAGAGUGCACUUGCGAGAUUUUCCAAAACCUGCCUAAAUUCAUAAAAGUCGGAGUAGAAAUCAUUGAUCCUGAGCCUGAAAGUGACCAGCAAGAACAGAACAAUGAAGUAUCCUUUGAAGCUCUUCAGAAUUUGAACUUAAAGAAACUCAAGAUUGGUUAUGAAAUCAGCAACGAGGAUUUGAUACUCUCGUUAAUUUCAUUUCUGGAACAUCAGACUACUCUUAAUGGUACCUCUGUCAAGAUCAGAGCUUCUGAGAUUGAAGAUGUAAACUCAGUCUUUAAGUCCUUACUUGGAGCUAUCUGCGACUUACAUUAUUUAGAUAUUGACAUCUCAGUUUCAGAAGCAACCCCUGAGAUUAUUGAGAUGUCUAAAGAGUUUGCUAAAAGCAACAUUGACAAGAACAUUUCUAUUCGCCUGAAUCCUCCAUCAGAAAGAUCUGACCCAACAGAAAAUCUAGAAAAUACCAAUUCAGACAAUCCUAUAACAAAAUCCCAAGAAUGUUCUGAAACAAUACUGAUAACAGACAAGUUCGCUAAGUUAUGGAACAAAUUAAAAUAAA